CGGAAAUCUAUAAUGCACGUAUUGAAAACGAUUUAAUCUGAAACUUCAACAGAUUGAAUCAAAUCUGAGAGUAUAUAAACGCAAAGGUUGGAAUACACUUAUCAAAUUACUCUUGAUUAUAAUUGUGUAAUAUGGCGGUCUUGAUAGGAAGAUUUUCCCUUCUGAUGACACUGAGCAUUGCACAUGCUGUAAUCACUGACACAUUCAGUGACGGUACCCUGGUUCAGCUUAAAGAAGGAAAAAUUCGUGGUCACAUUCUGAAAAGCGAAAAUGGUAAAGAUUAUUAUGCAUUCCAAGAGAUCCCUUACGCAGCUCCUCCUGUGGGAAAGAACAGAUUUCAGCUUCCCAAGAAAGUGGAAAAGUGGCAGGGUGUACUGAAUACUACGAAAAACACAAAAAUUUGUUAUCAGGCGGUUUCCAGAUUCGGCCUCGAAAUCAGCGAAGAUUGUUUGUUUGUCAAUGUGUACACGCCGCUGGUGACAUUGAAAAAAUGGCAAAAACCAACANUGGAUCAUGAGAUAAUUGUAGUAACUUUCAAUUACCGAUUGGGGCCAUUUGGAUUCACCACAACGGAAGAUGACAUUAUACCGGCCAACAUCGGCCUGAAAGAUCAAAAGUUUGCAAUUAAAUGGGUGAAUGAAAAUAUUCAUUUAUUUGGAGGAGAUCCUGCAAAAGUUACCCUUGUAGGUGAAAGUUCAGGUUCAUUAUCUGUGAGUCUGCAUGUAUUAGCACAGAAAAAUGGGGGAGAAGAGCUUUUCCGUGGAGCUAUCAUGGAAAGUGGAUCACCCCUUGUUGGAUUCGAACAGAAAAAUCCAAGAGAGGAAGCGUUCAACUGUGGACGUACUUUGGAUAGAAACUUUCGAUCGAAUGAUACUGGAGAUCUACUCAAAGUUCUGCAAGAAGCCCCUGCGGCCUCUAUUCUUAAGGAAUGUACCAAAGCAAGUGGAUCAAUAAUAGAAAAAGAAGGUGACUUCUCCUAUGCUCCUUUCCAAACCCUCCUGGAAGGAAAUUUUGGAAAAGUGCCAAUUUUAUUGGGCUUCAACUCAGAAGAAUUCAUAUGGGCAUGUAUCGAUCCGGAUGAAGAUACUGUGAUUGCACUUGAUGAAGAUCCAGGACGACUCGUGCCAACAGGUAUAAAUAUUUCACCAGAAAAUAAAACCAUUGCCGGAAAACUACUCAAAGAAGUGUAUACCAAAACAUCUUUCGAAAACGAUAUAGGAGGAUACUG